AUGAAGAUGAAAGGCAGAGGAAUCACCUGCUGGCUGGUAUCCUUUACUGUUAUCUGCUUGGUGGUCACAACUAGCAGCAGGGCCUGUCCUCGCUGAUGCAGCUGUUACAUGCCUACAGAGAUACACUGCACAUUUCGAUACCUGACUUCUAUCCCAGAUGGCAUUCCGCCCAGCGUGCAACGCAUCAAUUUAGGGUACAACAGUUUGGUCAGAUUGACAGAAACAGAUUUUACUGGCCUAAACAAGCUGGAGUUAUUAAUGCUGCACAGCAAUGACAUUCACACAAUUCCUGAUAAAACCUUCUCAGAUCUGCAGGGCUUGCAGGUAUUAAAAAUGAGCUAUAACAAAGUCAGAAGACUUCAGAAAGAUACUUUUUAUGGUCUCACGAGUUUGACACGGUUGCAUAUGGACCACAACAAUAUUGAGUUUAUAAAUCCAGAGGUUUUUUAUGGACUGACCUUUCUUCAACUGGUACAUUUGAAAGGAAAUCAGCUAACUAAACUCCAUCCAGAUACACUUGUCUCUUUGCGCUAUCUCCAGAUAUUUAAAACAUCUUUUAUCAAGUACCUGUACUUGUCAGACAACUUCCUAACCUUGCUCCCUGAAGAGAUGGUCUUAAAUAUGCCCAAGUUGGAAAGCCUCUAUCUUCAUGGCAACCCGUGGAUCUGUGAUUGCUAUUUAAAAUGGUUGUCUGACUGGAUAGUGGAAAAGCCAGAUAUGAUAAAAUGCAAAAGAGACAGAAGUGCCUCCAGUCUUCAGCAAUGCCCAGUUUGCAUGAACCCCAGGGCCUCCAAAGGCAAGCCCUUUACCAUGGUCCCGACUACAGCUUUCCUAUGUGUCAAGCCAACUAUUGACCCAUCCCUGAAAGGUCACAGCCUGACUGUUCUGGAAGACAGCACUUCUGCUUCUAUUUCUCCCUAAGAUUUCAUGGCACCUUUUGGCUCCCUUACCUUAAAUGUGACAGACCAGUCUGGCAAUGAAGCUAAGGUGGGCUGUACCAUCCAGAAACCGUCAAGGACAUCAUCCAUCAGGUUCACUGAAGAAAAUGACUACCUUGUGUUAAACAUGUCAUUUUCUACAUUUCUCAUUUGUAACAUAGAUUACAGCCACAUUCAACCAGUAUGGCAAGUUCUAUCUUUGUAUAGUGAUUCUCCUCUGAUACUAGAAAAAAAAACCCACGUAAUUACUGAACUACCACAGCUCUGUUGUAAGUAUAAACAGGUGGUUUCUAAGCCUAAAGACAUUUUCACCAGCAUAGAGGCUGAUCUCAGAACAGAACCCUCAUGGUUAAUGCAAGACCUAAUUUCCUUGCAACUGAACAGAACUACUACCACCCUGAGUACAUUGCAUACGCACUAUACAAGUUAUGGUCAAAUAACUUUGUCCAGGACAGAGAUGAGGCCUGUGAAACACAAAUGGACCAUGAUUUCUAGGUAUAACAAUACCAAGCUUCAACAUACAGUUUUGCUUGGUGGGACCACUGUACUUGACUACCCAGGCCAAGGAGACCCCAUCCCACAUUUAGUGUGGCCUUUAGCCAAUGGGAGUAAAGUGAAAGCCCCUUAUGCUAGUGAAGUUGGACGAAUUCUAAUCGAUAAAAGGGGAAAACUGAAACUUCAGAUGGCUAAUAGUUUUGACACAGGUUUAUACCAUUGCAUAAGCACUAAUUAUGAUGACGCAGAUAUUCUCACUUAUAGGGUAACUGUAGUAGAUCCUGAUGUGGGAGUUCAUCAUGAAAAUGGGGCUCACCACAUAGUUUUUAUUAAUGAGACACUUGACCUUCCAUGUCAUUCUACUGGUAUCCCAGAUGCCUCUGUUAGCUGGGUUAUUCCCAGAAAUACAGUUCUCUAUCAGUCGUCAAAAGACAAGCAAAUUCUUAAAAAUGGCACAUUAAGUAUAUUACAGGUCACCCCAAAAGACCAGGGGCAUUAUCACUGUAUAGCAGCCAACACAUCAGGGGUUGAUCUUUUGAUUUUCCAAGUUUCAGUCAAAAUGGAAGGACAAAGACCAGUGGAACAAGAUGCAGGAACAGAUGGCUCUGGACUUGAUGAACCCAAUCCCACUGUUUAUCCUCAGGAAUCACUAGCUGUCCAGCUCCCUAAAUCCACUCCAAUGGAGGCUGAGGUUAGAAAACAAGCAUGGAGCACAAAUAAGCAGCACAACUAUCGGGAGCUAAAACACAGGCGAUGUGGAAAUUUGACAAAUCGAUGUUUUAGGGUGCAUAGGAGGCAGUUUCUUCCCUCUGCACAGAGAAUUGACCCACAACAUUGGGCAGUACUUUUGGACAAAGUUAAAAAAAACUCUGCCCCAGAGAAACAAGAAAAUAUCACAAGACAGCUGACUUCACCAGUCACGCAAGUCCUAAAAGUACCUGGUGAAGAAUCAGCUAGCUCGGGUAUGCUCCCUCCGGAUGAAGAAUUUACUGAUCUGACAGCAAAAGUGCCAGAUGUCCCUGCAAGGACAGUUACUGCUGAUUCUAGAACAAUACUUAGUAGCCCUGUGAUGGAUUUAACUUCUAGCACUGAAGUAUCUCCAAUUAUGAGUACACAAAUUCUACCACCUGAAAAAUCUAUAGAUGUCAACCUAUAUAAUGCCAUUAAAGCUACAGCCACGCCAAAGAAUGGAAAUCCAACAACCACAACACAAAACACCAUCAAACAAAAUUCACAUACUAUUUCCCCUCUACUUUCUGGAACAACUAGAGUUCAGAACAUGGACCAGAUGGAAAGCAAUAGAGAAUAUUUUCAAAAUAUACCCUCAGUAAUAGUGGGGACUAUGAUCAAUGAUGUCAGUAACAAAGUAUUUAGUAAUGUUAACAGUAAAGUUGGUGCUUUUUUGGUAUCAGUAAAUCCCACAAGUGAUGAUCAGACAUCUGGAAAAAUAACUAGCAUAUCCAAGAGAAAUAAUUUCUACUCCAAAGGUACUCAAACACUGAGCCUCUCUCAAUACCCUACACAACCAGACACCACUACUAAGUUCCAGAUUUCUAGAAAUAGUACAACUAAUAUUACACUUUCCAGACACUUUGGGAGACAGAGGAAAAUUGGGGCCAGAGCAAGAAUUAUCAACCAAUAUAGAACUCCAGUUUUUAGACGGCAUAGAUACAGCUUUGUGAGACCAAGAUUCAGAGAUUCUUCUGAAGACAGCUCUACUACAUUUUCAGCCAGCAAGUUCAGUUUGACGUGCCCAUCUUGUUCUCCCACAGACAGUCAUGCCCCUGGUACCAUAACACUGCCUUUUCCAAGUUCUUCACUGGUCACUCUCUUCCAAGCUGAUAUUGCCACAGUCACAUCUGAACAGUCUAUAAUGAUACACCAGAAUCCAUCAUUGCUAUUCGACAGAAAACUACUACAUACUGAGAAAACAACAGCCACAAUCAAACCCUUCAGUGCUGAAAAUAUUCGAGUGACUCCAACUGGUGCAGCCAGGAUGUAUGCCCUAAAACCUAUAUAUGGAAAAACGCUUAUAAUGAGUACUGGUCUCCCAAAUGUCCCAAGGACUUAUGAAACUAAAAGGGAUUCAUUGAUUAAAUCACCACCUCCAGACUCCAUCACUAAACCAUCUAUGACUGGUACUAUAGCCAUUACGAGAAGAAAAGUUCCCUGGAAUCACAGAUUUAGAAAAAACUAUUUUCAAAAAAAGAUAUUAAAGAAACAGCAAAGAUUUGUUUCCAAAAAUAGCACAGCCUCACCAGUUCUAAAUACGCUCCCUGCUUUUCCUACAUAUAAUAAGGCUUCUUCCUUCCGUUUAACCACAUCCUCGAUAAGUGUGAUGCAGAUGCCAUCUGUAACACUAGCUCUAACUCAUCAUACUAGAACUGAAACACAAAGCCCAAGAAGUCUCUUAGAGAUGAAGGAGCAGCCACUCCCAUCCCUUCACUCAACAGCAGAUCAUAUUGCAAGCAAUGAAUCACAUACCACAAACUUCAUAUCAAAGCAAAUAGGCAUGCUGACAGCUUCCCUAACUGCCUUUACAUCUGACACUAUCAGUAAACUCCAGACAGUCAGACCUGAAAUCCAAAACGUACAAAGACAAAAGGAGCCACUGAAGAACAGGAACAACCCAAACGACUCUCCCGCACAGCGUCCUGACGUCACUACAGCUACUGCUGAGGUGGCUGGUGUGCUCACCACAGGCAAAGCUUCCAGCACGUCCACUGUCUCUGCUUUUACUCAUUCAUCCCUAGAAAAUCCAAUAAAUAUCUCAAGCACAACUGGUUUUCACUCAGAAACUUUUAGUCUGACAGAUAGAACUGAAGAACUAAAUCAAGGAAGUACUCAGAUUUCAACAAGCACAGCUGAGUCUGAAACAACUCUCACCAAACACCACCACAGUAACACAGCCAGGGGAAUAACCAGCAGACGUUCAACUGUGCCACUGUCCCUGAAGAGUUAUGCCACUCUCAUGCCAAGUCCCAUUCAUCUCUUCAACCAAAGGGCACUUACUGACACUACGGCACGUCCUGUUUUCACGAUGAUGGUAAAUACAGUGGUCAAACCACCUGAGUCCUCAAGGCAUGAUGCUAAUCCAGGCCAGUUGGCUGCAGAGGUUACAACACCGCCUAUGGUUCACCCAAAUGCCAAAGUCACAACUGGAACCACAUUACAUUCUACUCCUGUGACGUCAUUAAUCACGGUUAAACAACAGGUGUCCAAGCGGACACCUUCUCCCCGGUCAGAAAACCAAUUUUGGCACAAGUUAUACCCAGAAAUUGCUAGAGCAGGCAAAAGUCCAGUGGUAAGCAUGCUACCCACUUCAGGUUUGCCAGAGGACACCACUCCUACAUCAAAUUGGGAUGAGAAGACCCAAGCGAAGAGAAACUUUGCAAAGAUACAAGUUAAAAAAAUAAUUCCUUCUGAAUUUCUUACUGUUGAUUUGUUGUCUAGGAAUACAUAUGAAAAACCUAGAAUAGUUGGAGGGAAAGCUGCAAGUUUUACUGUUCCUGCUAACUCAGAUGUCUUCCUACCCUGUAAAGCCAUUGGAAACCCCCAGCCCACCAUCCACUGGACCAGAGUUUCAUCAGGACUUGAUUUGUCUCAAAGGAAACAGAAUAGCAGGUUUCAGGUGCUUCCUAAUGGUACUCUAUCCAUUCAGAGUGUGGACGUUCAGGACCAAGGACAGUACCUGUGUUCAGCAUCCGAUCCCUUUGGCAUGGACCGUCUUCAUGUCACCUUGUCUGUGGUUUCCUAUCCUGCCAGAAUCCUGGAGAAACAUACUAAGGAACUCACAGUUCAUUCUCCAAGUAUGGUGGAGCUAAAGUGCAAAGCUGAAGGUAGGCCCAACCCUAUGAUUUCCUGGAUUCUGGCAAACCAAACAGUGGUUUCAGAAUCCUCUGAAGGAAAUAGGCAGGCCUUGGUGAAAUCUGAUGGAACAUUGGUCAUCCAUAAUCUCAGUGUUUAUAACCGUGGCUUUUACAAAUGCAUAGUAAACAACUCAGCUGGGCAGGACUUGCUGCUGGUUAAAAUAUAAGUCAUUGCAGCCCCACCUGUUAUUCUAGAACAAAAGAGGCAAGUCCUUGUGGGGACGUGGGGUGAAGAUUUGAGACUGCCUUGUACUGCAGAAGGAACUCUCCAGCCCAGCAUUCACUGGGUCCUCACUGACGGCACGGAAGUGAAACCCUUGCAAGUUUUAAAUUCCAGGUUCUUAUAUUCGAAUGGAACUCACUAUAUUAGAAAUGUGACCUCUUUGAACAGCGGCACUUACGAAUGCAUUGCUACCAGCUCUACUGGCUCAGAAAGAAGGGUGAUAGUGCUUGUGGUGAAAGAGAAACACACCAUUCCCAGGAUAGAAUUUGCAUCCCAGAAAUGGACUGAAGUGAAUUUGGGGGACCAGUUACUACUGAACUGCUCAGCUACUGGAGAACCCAAGCCCCAAAUAAUCUGGAGUGUCAUAGACCAGUGGCACAGAAUGGGAAACCGAAUCCAUGUCUACCCAAAUGGAUCUCUGCUUAUUGCAUCAGUAACAGAAAAAGAUGGUGGAGUCUACUUGUGUGUGGCUAGAAACAAAAUGGGAGAUGACCUGAUACUGAUGCACAUUAGCCUAUGCCGGACACCUGCCAAAAUUGACUACAAACAGCAUUUCAGAAAACAGGUGCUUCAUGGAAGAUAUUUCCAGGUGGACUGCAAGGCUUCCGGCUCCCCAGUGCCUGAGAUAUCUUGGAGCUUGCCUGAUGGAACAGUGAUUAACAAUGCAAUGCAAGAAGAAGACAGCGGCUGCAAGACCCAGAGGUAUAUCCUUUUCAACAAUGGAACCUUAUACUUCACCAAAGUUGGGAUAACAGAGGAAGGAGAUUAUACCUGCCGUGCACAGAACACCCUAGGGAGGGAUGAGAUGAAGGUCCACCUAACGGUCAUAACUGCUGCUCCACAGAUAAGGCCGGAUCACAAGACUGACAAAGAAGCCAAGGCUGGAGACACCGCUAUCCUUGACUGUGAUGUCAUUGGGGAACCCAAGCCAAAAAUAUUUUGGUUGCUGCCUUCCAAUAAUAUGAUUACAUUCUCUAAUGAUAGGUACACCUUUCAUGCCAAUGGGUCAUUAUCCAUCAACAAAGUAAAACUGCUUGAUUCUGGAGAGUAUGUGUGUAAAGCCCGAAAUCCCAAUGGAGAGGACACCAAGAUGUACAAAUUGAACAUCAUUUCCAAACCUCCAUUAAUCAAUGGCCAGUAUACAAAUAAAACUGUCAUCCGAGCCACAGCUGUGAGGCAUUCCAAGAAGCACCUGGAUUGCAGAGCCGAAGGGACACCGAUUCCUCAAAUUAUGUGGAUCAUGCCAGACAGUAUCUUCCUCCUGGCCCCAUACUAUGGGAGUAGAAUCACAGUCCACAAAAAUGGGACCCUGGAGAUUAGGAAUGUGAGGCUUUCUGAUUCAGCAGACUUCAUCUGUGUGGCUCGGAACGAAGGAGGGGAAAGUGUGCUGGUGGUGCAGUUAGAAGUAGUGGAAAUGCUCAGAAGACCAACAUUCAGGAAUCCAUUUAACGAAAAAAUCAUUGCCCAGCUGGGACAGCCCACAGCACUGAAUUGCUCUGUUGAUGGAAACACCUGGAUUUUGCCCAACGGCACAAGCUUUUUCAAUGCAUCACACAAUCCUCAGUUUUGGAUUGCAGACAAUGGGUCUUUACUCAUUUCUAAAACAAGUUGAGAUGAUGCAGGGAAGUAUUGCUGUGCAGCAAGGAAUAAAGUCGGCUACAUUGAGGAACUGAUUGUACUGGAAAUAGGGCAGAAGCCAGUUAUAUUUACAUAUGCACUUAGGACAGUAAAAGGGGUCAGUGGAGAAUCUCUGUGGCUGCACUGUGUGUCAGAUGGAAGCCCUAAGCCAAACAUCAAAUGGACUUUGCCAAGUGGUCAAAUACUACAAAAGCCUCAAACUAAUGGAAAACACAUAUUGUAUGACAAUGGCACCUUAGUUAUCAAAGAAGCAACUGCUCAUAACAGAGGUAAUUAUAUCUGUAAGGCUCAAAAUAGUGUGGGUCAUGCAGAGAGUACUGUUCAGGUAUUGAUUGUGGCCUCUCCUCCCCAAAUUACAAACCACCCUCCCAGGAGUAUCCUCACAAGGACAGGAGUGGCUGUGCAGCUCCACUGAGUGGCUAUGGGAGCGUCCAGGCCAGAAGUCACAUGGGAGACGCCAUCACACAGCUCCCUGCUCUCCAUGAUACAAGGAAGUGGGGUGCUUCACCCACAGGACACUCUUGCAUGCAGACCUCAAACCUCUGACUCAGGGAUUUACAAAUGCACAGCCAGGAACCCACUCGGGAGUGAUUAUGCAACAACUUACAUUGAAGUAAUCUGA